GUGGCGAGAGAGCCCCGCGCCCCGUGCGGGCAUGUGCUGCAAGAAGGCCGCGCUGGGCGGGGGGAUGGUGUCGAGCCCGGCCGCAUCCACCCCGGGCCUGAGCCGGUCUUAUCGCCGGUCACGCUUGGGCCAUGGCUCAGAGAUGACCAAAGUGUGCGCCAUUUUUGGAGGAUCCCGAGGAAUUGGAAAGGCUGUUGCACAACUGUUGACAUGGAAAGGAUAUCAUUUAGCUAUUAUUGCUAGAAAUCUGGAAGUAGCUCAAACCACUGUCAGUCAUCUUGGUGCAGGUCAUAUGGCACUUAGCUGUGAUGUAUCCAUGGAACAAGAGGUCCAAAAUACACUUGAAGAGGUGGAGAAAAAUUUAGGUCACGUUAAUUACUUGGUUAAUGCUGCUGGUGUCAACAGGGAUGGCUUGUUGCUGAGAACCACAUCUGAAGAUAUGGUGUCCCAAAUUAAUACUAACCUUCUAGGAACAAUGUUGACAUGCAAAGCUGCUGUAAAGUGUAUGCUUAAACACCAGGGAGGUGCUAUUGUUAACAUAGGAAGUGUUGUUGGACUCAAGGGCAAUUCUGGUCAGAGUGUAUACAGUGCCAGCAAAGCAGGAUUAGUUGGAUUUUCACGCUCUCUUGCUAAAGAAGUAGCAAGAAGGAAAAUUCGAGUCAACAUGGUGGCUCCAGGCUUUGUUCACACAGAGAUGACUGCACAUUUGAAAGAAGAUCAGUUGAAGAAAACUAUUCCUCUUGGAAGAUUUGGAGAGCCCCAUGAAAUUGCACAAGCUGUUGUCUUUCUCCUUGAGUCUCCCUAUAUUACAGAUCUUUGAUCACUCUGCCACAGGAAGCUAGAACAGAGACAGAAGAAUGUAAAUUAUCAUGUGAAGAUAACACACACAAAACAUGAGCUGUGAAUAUCUGAUUCUUAAGUACGUUAGGAAAAUGGCAAAGAAAUAGCAGCAAUAAAAAUGAGAGAGAGAGAGAAGGUGGCAUUGAUUGAAAGUGACCAUGACAUUUUUGCAGGAAUGUUCUCUCCCUAGUAAAAGUACUUGGAUAAGAAAGGUAGCUAAUGUAAAGCAUUAAAAAAAUAAAAUCAAAUCAAAUAAAGGAUCUCACUUCCACUAAAGCUAACGGUAGUAAAAUUCUAUUUUAAAGCUAAAACAACAAGGAGCCCAAUGGCACCUUAAAGACUAACACAUUUAUUAGGGUAUCAGCUUUCAUAGGCUGCAGUUCAUUUUGUUGGAUGCAUGAAGUGAAAGAUACAAGUGCCAGGGAUAUAUACAUACGUACAGAGAUGGGAGUGUUACAUCAGUAUUAUUGAGGCUAAUUGAAUCAGGGUGGAUGUGGCCCACUUCCAACAGUAAUACGAAGGUGAGCAUGCCUAAAGGGAAAAAUUACUUAUUGUAAUGAGCUAGACCUGAGUUUAUACUGGACACUCCAGUGUUGAUAAAGAUAUUGCUCAUUGAUUUUCAUCUACAGAAUACAUUCCACAUUGUGACUAGUUCAUUUUCAGCAACCUGUAAAACAUCAUUUGUAAUCACAUUUAGUAGAUUGGGAAAUGAAGACAAGAAAUUAAAGUACUUGCUCCUGAUGUAUGUCAGAAUUGAAAUUACAAGUAUCUGGCUCUAAGUUUAGCACUCAGAUGAUCACACUUCACUGUGUUACCAAAGAAACAGUGUCUUCCUUUCAGAAUCAGUGGACAUCACGAGCAGGCAAUGGAAGGAGUACAGGCUGGGAUUGGGCUGUUUAUCAUCCUUUUUAUAGGUUGCAGAGCUAACUAACUUAUGCUGCUCUGACAUCCCUGGAGUGGAUGCAUUUAGUUAAUUUUGUUCAGUCUAGCCUCAUCUAUAUUACUAACUGGCUCUGUGUAUGGAGAUCCAUGCAGUACUACAAUGAGUAGAGGGGGACAGCAGAGAAAAAAGUGAAGAACGGGAAGAAAAGAGAUAGGAGAGAUGGUUCAACUGUUGUAGUACCAUGAGCUUUUGUGGGUAAAACCCAUUUCUUCAGAUGAGAUGAUCUUGAAUGGAGAAAAAAGGGUUUAUUUAUUUGGGUUUGUUUAUUCUGAGGGUCCCCUUUUUUCUUCCAUUCAAUAUCAUCUCAUUGGAAGAAGUAAGCUCAUGAUUCUCUCUCUCUCUCUCUCUCUCUCUCUAAAUAUAUAAAGUCUCUAACGCAGGGGUUACCAACCCGUAGAUCAGGAUCUACCAGUAGAUGUUGGAGUCUUUGACAGGUAGUCCCGAUUGGUUUGGCCAAGAGGCUAUCAAGGGCCAGCACUUCAGCUGACCCUCCCCCCACUGCUGCUCAUCUCCUGCCCUUUGCUUUGGAGUUCUCCUCUCUCCCAAGCCUCCUCCUUGCUGUGUAGGGCAGGGGAGGGAGAGGAGGGCGGUGAUGACAGGAUGCUUCUGCUCCCCCUUCGUAUCCUAUCUCCACAGAGCAGAGAGGGGGCACAACAAGACUUGAGAGGGAGUUGUUGGCUGCUUUUGGGAGUG